AGACAAAACAGGGGCGGGGACAAGGUGGCACCUACCCGGAUCUGCGACUCGAGCCGCCGAAGACCACAGUCCAGUCCGGACGACGCCCUGGGGCCACUGGCUCGGAGGGACGGAGACGACAGAGCGAGGGAGGCGGGAGGCGCCGCCGCCGACUCGACAGCGCGUCCCAGCACCUCGGGCUUUCUCCCUCCCGCGCUCGUGAAAAACUGAGGAAACGAGCUCUGUUCCCAGAGCCGGCGGGGACCGUGGAGACACUGCCAGAAUCCUCAACAGCUUGGAAAUCCAUCACCUUGGUUCCCUGAGACUUGGAGAAACUGACAGCUGGCUGACAGAAAACUCACGCAGGGAGAGAAAAGACAUAAGUGGCGUGUGAAAUUUUGAAUAAUGUUUUCAGAGCGGAUGUCUGCUGCUUGCAGUGGAGUCACGUACCUGGGAGUACAGUUGUUAUGUCCACAGAUUUGAGCCAUCCUCUUCUCUUCAGCCUUGUGCUUCAUCGCCACUUGCUGUGUAUCUUGGGGCCUCCACAUCCUAAACAUCAUGGGUCUUGCUGGAAGAAUGCAGUGAACAGGAAGGCACAACAAGGAAGGCUUUUUCUAGACAUGUCUGAUUUCAUCACCAAGACCACCACCACCACCCCCGGGGGGGAUGCAUAUUAGCUGAUUGUCUUUCCACAGAUGAGGAAUCCAAGAUUCUGAGAGGCUGAGAGACUUGAGCAGCAGGGCAUUCAGCUACAGGCAUUGAUUUCUGACUUUUGAAGAUGGAUGAAGGUGCAGAAAUUUCAAGUGAGGGAAACUCCCUGAUUAAAGCAGUCCAUCAGAGCCGGCUUCGCCUCACAAGACUCUUGCUAGAAGGUGGUGCCUACAUCAAUGAGAGUAAUGACCGUGGGGAAACACCUUUAAUGAUCGCUUGUAAGACCAAACAUGUUGAUCCCCAGAGUGUCAGUAAAGCCAAAAUGGUUAAAUACCUGUUAGAAAACAAUGCUGAUCCCAACAUACAGGACAAAUCUGGGAAAACCGCUUUGAUGCAUGCUUGCUUAGAAAAAGCUGGUCCUGAAGUUGUUUCCUUGCUCCUAAAGAGUGGGGCGGAUCUCAGCUUGCAAGACCAUUCUAGUUACUCGGCCCUCGUGUAUGCUAUAAAUUCAGAAGAUAAAGAAACCCUGAAAGUUCUGCUUAGUGCUUGCAAGGCAAAGGGGAAAGAGGUCAUUAUCAUAACGACAGCAAAAUCGCCCUCUGGCAGGCACACUACCCAACAGUACUUAAAUAUGCCUGACAUAGAUGGGUGUCCUUCCCCAGCCGCCUGUGCCACUCCUUCAGAAAUAGACAUAAAAACAGCCUCAUCGCCACUUUCACGUUCUUCUGAAACUGAAAUGUCACUUUUUGGCUUUAAAGAUCUGGAGCUCUCAGGAAGCAGUGAUGAUACCUGGGACCCAGGCUCCCCUGUUAGGAAGCCUGCUGUGGCCCUUACUGGGCCCAAGCUACCCCAGGUUCCAGCCUGGAUCAAGAGCCCCCCUUCAUUAAUGCACCUGAACAGAGUAGCCUCUUUGCAAGAGGAGCUCCAGGAUAUUACUCCAGAGGAAGAAUUAUCCUACAAAACCAAUGGGCUGGCCCUUUCCAAGCGAUUCAUCACUAGGCACCAAAGUAUUGAUGUAAAAGACACGGCACAUUUGCUAAGAGCCUUUGAUCAGGCCAGCUCAAGAAAGAUGUCAUAUGAUGAAAUAAAUUAUCAAUCAUUUUUUUCAGAAGGAAAUCAGCAAUGUACGGAAAUCCCUGUUGACGAGGACCCAGACCCUAACCAGACCCUAUUUGCUUCCACCUUAAGAAGUAUAGUUCAGAAAAGAAAUUCAGGGGCAAAUCACUACAGCUCUGAUUCCCAGCUCUCAGCUAGUCUAAUCCCUACAACUUUAGAAGAUGGCAAAGCACUUACAGGGAAGAAAAAGAUACUCUCACCAUCUCCUUCUUUGUUGUCAGGGUCCAAAGAAUUGUUGGAGAAUGUCCCCCCAGGCCCCCUGGGCAGGAGGAAUCAUGCCAUUUUAGAAAGACGUGGUUCAGGAGCUUUCCCUUUAGAUCACAGUAUUACCCCAAUCAGACCAGGGUUUCUGCCGCCCUUAAAUGUGACUCCUCACCAUCCCAUCUCAGAUGUCAGUGUCAACAAGAUUUCCAGCCUUCUUUCUUGUGGUCAAAAAGUGUUUAUGCCAACAGUUCCUAUUUUCCCUAAAGAAUUCAAAAGUAAAAAAAUGUUGUUAAGGAGACAAUCAUUGCAAACGGAACAAAUUAAGCAGUUAGUAAAUUUUUAAGAGACGGCUGAAAAACACAUUUUGUUCAAAUGUCUGUAUCAGAGAAAUAUAGAACUAGAGAAGAAAUCUCCAAUGUCCAUCCUUUUCAAUCUUGUAAUUGGUUGGUCCAUAAUGGUUCAGGGGAUCCACAUGAACUGUGUAUCGUACUAGGCACUGUGGAGACACAGAGAGUAUAUAGUUUCUGGUAAGGGAAUUCUCUCAAAAUUAAAGCUAUUUUUCUCAAAACUUCCAAUAUUUAACAACCAUGUGGUACAAGUUUUUAAUUUAAACAAAAGUCAGCAAAGAAAGGUCCUAUGUGUUGGAGAUAACUUUAAAUUUUUUUUCAGAUUUGCCAAAUAUUUUAUUAGGAAAUUGCUUUCAAGUCAGUAAUUUUUUUUUUAACAUUUCAAGUAAAUAAAUAAGAUUGUUGUUUUCUAUGAUGCCAAAAGCAUAAAUGAAAACACUGACAGCUAUAAAAUGUAGUUUAAAUUACAAAGAAAGAAUGAACUAACUGUUCAAAAAUGUUGACUGCAGGUAGGUGGAAAUCUAAUUAAAAGUUUAAUGGUCAACCAUUAUAGUAGAGGCAGCUAAUAUUCAUAUUGCUGAAUGGCAGAUCAGAGUUUUACGUGCUAGUAAUAAUCUACGCCAAGUGUUUGUGUGCUGCUUUUUGUUUUAUUUUAUUACACAUUUAAAUGAAAAUGUUGUCUUACGGUAUUCUUCUUUCUCCAUAUCCUUUAAUUCCUAUUAUUAUUUUUUGAAGCCUAUUCAUAGGUUCCCAAUAAGAUAAUAUAAAAGUUAAAAAGCAUUGCUUUUUACUUAUAUCAAAUUAUUCUUGUCUUUCUCAGAACAACCAAAAAAAUCUAAAAGUUUGGGAUUUAUCACAAAUAGAAACUAAAUACCUGCUUCAUUUUAGAAAAGAAAAAUAUGAUUAGAUUAGCUUAGGCGAGCUAAAAUUAAGAAAGCCAGUAGAAAAUUAUAAAGUGUACUAAAUAUUCAGUCAAUGUUAAACAAUAUCUUUUUAUUUCAGAUAUAUAAUUAUUAGACAAUUCUAUAAUCAGGCUUUACAAGGAUAAUUUCCUUAGUGUGACACUCCGAUCAUGUAGUAUUUUAGGGCCUGUCAAUAAUAUCUAACAAAAUAAAUGAAUACCAGGCUAUCAUAAAAUGACUAUAUUAUUUAUAUCAUUACAAAAUAUGGUGUUUAUACAAAAAAACCCUUACUUCAAUCUAGAAGUUUACAAGAAAGAAUAAAUCAAACUACAAUAUCUGAGUGUAUUAAUUUGAUGAUUUAUUUCUUUGCCUUCUAUCAGUAUACAGGAGACGUAACAAUUGGCAUGAUGCUUUUCUUAGUAAUUUGAUAUAAGCAAGUUGUAAUGUAGAUAGUAAUUAAUUUCUUGUGGCUUUUAUUAGAAAAAAAUCAGAAGUGUUCCAUUUAAUGUUUUGAAGAACAGUAAUAUUAGAAAUAUUUUUUGAUUCAGAACAUAGAAUUAUAGGUGAUGUUUAUAGGUAGCUAAACCCUUUUUGAAAGUUUUGUUAUUGAGAAAAGAGUUUGAUGUUAAGUUGUAAAGUGCAGUUUGGAAGAAUAUGUAAACAGAUUAGUUCAUACACAAAAUGCUAUCAAUAAAGAUUUAAAAUGUCAUUUUGACUAUCACUGGUUUUUA